UAUUUGAUUUUUAAAUUUUAAACUAAAUUUUUAUCUUACUAUGAAUGUACGGCCUUGUAAUAAGUUAUGCUCCCUUGAAAACUCAACUCAGCCAUUAGUAGGAGCUGUCGUGGUAAGCUCUACUAGUGUCAGCUUUCAUCUUUUUAGAGCCAAUUCUAGUGAUAUAAUCAAAUUACAUCGGGUUCCUAUAACAAACCUUUUGUCUACUCGUGACGGAUGGUUGGAACAAGAUCCAAUUGCUAUUAUGCGAAGUGUCGAAGAAUGUAUCGAUAAGACUAUGGCUUACGAAAAAGUAACAAAUGAACGCGUUAUUGCUAUAGGCAUUGCCAAUCAGAGAGGUACAGUAUUAGCUUGGAAUAAAAACACCGGAGUACCACUUUCCAACGCUAUUCUAUCGUCCGAUAUUAGAACAACGCGUAUGGUGAACGAAUUUUUAAGAAAAAAUGAUAAGUAUAAGUUUCAAAAUAUUUGUGGACUACCGGCCAGCUCGUGUUUUAGUGCAUUCAAAAUAAAGUGGCUCAUUAAACAUGAUCCAGUUGUAUUAGAAACUUGUAAACAGGGUCAUUGUUAUUUUGGUACUAUUGAUACUUGGCUAAUAUGGAAUUUAUCUGGAGGUCCACAAGCAGGUAAUUUUGUGACUGAUACUACAAAUGCUGCUUUUACGUUUUUAAUGGAUAUAGACAAGCUACAAUGGGAUCCUACUUUACUUAAAUAUUUUGGAAUAUCGUCAGAUGCUCUUCCAAAAAUUAAAAGUAGUUCAGAAAUAUAUGGGAUGACUAAUAGAGAAUUGUUAAAAGUACCUAUAUCUAGCAUAAUUGGUGAUCGCCAGGCCGCUCUUCUCGGACACAAAUGCUUUCGAGCAGGCGAUGCAAAAGCAAUUUUAGGAACUAGUGGAUCUGUAAUUGUAAAUACAGGAGAAAAUAAAAUAUUUUCUAAAAAUGGAUUAUUAACUACGAUUGCUUUUCACUGUGGUCCUACAAUGAGACCGACUUACGCUCUAGAAGGUCCUAUUAGUUGUGCCGGAGAGGGGAUUGAUUGGGUAAAAAAAAAUUUUAAUACAAAAUCUAAUAAGUGUGAUAUUUAUCCAGAAAAAUAUGAAAAGAAAAGAAAAAAUGUAUAUUUUGUACCGGCAUUACGAGGAUUAUUUGCUCCUUAUUGGCGCGAGGAUGCUCGUUGUAUUAUUGUUGGUUUUGACAGAAAUACAAGAAGUGAAGAUAUUAUUAAAGCAGCAAAAGAAUCAGUUUGCUUUCAAAUUAAAGAUAUCGUUGGAGCUUUAGAAAAAGAUAUAAAGUUACCCAUUAGAUAUUUAAAACUGAAUGGUGGUGUAACAAAUGAUCGUUCUCUCAUGCAAUUUCAAGCAGACAUAUUAAACGUGCAAAUAUGUGUGCCCACUAUAAAUGAACUAACAGCACUAGGCGCUGCGAUGAUGGCUGGUAACGCUCCUGGUAUUGAUGCAUGGGAUAUUCGAUGUAUGCCAGAAAUCAAAAAUGAUAUUUAUGCUCCAAAAAUGAGAUCUGACGAACAGGAAAUCCGUUAUAUCGACUGGAGUCGAUCUGUAGUUAGAAGUUUUGGAUGGGUUGAUAUUCCUAUUGAAUCAAAGAAAUAUGAUUGGGCUUUGACAGCGGGAAUUAUUUUAGCAUCUGGCAUUUUAAUAUAUUUAUUUAUCAGUAAAAAAAACUUGACAGUAAAACUAUUUUAAAAGUAUAAUCUACACUUUAAUAUAUUUAUGAAGUAAUAAUUUGAGUCUUCUUACAUAAACAAAUAAAGUUAUUAUUUACAAUUAUAUAACAAUUAAUUGUUACAAUAUAAAAAAUUCCCAUUUGUUAGUAUGAUUUUUAUAAUGUAAUCAUUUAUUUUAUAUACACUUAGUGUA